AUGCCCGAAUUGCGCCGUUCUAAGAGAGUCUCGCUGGCCCCAGUGCCCGAGUCAAAAAAGCCUAAGUCCGAGGCAGAAAAGGUGGGAAAAGUGAAAAAUGUGGCUGAACCCAAGAAGAAGGCCACCUCCAAAGAAUUGCUGGAGGGCGACGAGAUCCCAGACUUGACGCUUUUGGACGAAAAUGAGAACGAGGUCAGUUUGAGAGAUGCAGCUAAGAAGAGAAAGUAUUUGGUGAUUUUCGCUUACCCCAAGGCCUCCACGCCUGGAUGUACUAGACAAGUAUGUGGGUUCCAGAAGAACUAUCAAAAGUUGACGGAAUUGGACACCACUGUGUUUGGAUUAUCGGCCGAUAAGCCCAAGUCUCAGCUUAAUUUCGUCACUAAGCAGAAGUUGGAGUAUCCUUUGUUGUCUGACCCCACAAGUGAGUUGAUUGGGUUAUUGGGAGCCAAGAAGUCUCCAAGUGGAAUCAAGAGAUCACACUGGAUCUUUGUUGAUGGUGUGCUCAAGAUCAAGAAGAUCCAAAUCAGCCCAGAGGUAAGUGUUAACAGUGCCUUGGAGGACAUUGAGAAGUUAAGAGAGGAUGCAGAGGAUGAGAAGGAUGUGAGGGAUGUGAAGGAAGAAGAGAAGGAGGGCUCGAAAGAAGAGGAAAAUAAAGACGAGACUGAAGAAAAAAACGAUACAAAAGAGGAGGAAAAGAAGGAAGAAGUGAAAGAAGAAGUUAAGGUAGACAAUGGAGUUGAAGAGAACGAAAAUGGUGAAAACGAAAAUGGUGAGAACGGUGAAAAAGGUGCCGAAGCUUAG